CCUCGCGCACAGGCGAGCAUAUAUAAAAGGUCGUCCGCCAAUCUAGGGUUUCUUCUCGGACGCAGGCGGCGGCUUAGGGUUUUAACUCGCAUCCAUUCUCAAGGUUAGCAGGAGACCGGCCAUGGCGCCGUCGCAGCCCAAGUCAGGGCUCUUCGUUGGCAUCAACAAGGGCCACGUCGUCACCAAGCGCGAGCUGCCGCCACGCCCGUCCGACCGCAAGGGGAAAGGUACCAAGAGGGUGCUGUUUGUCAGGAACUUGAUUAGGGAGGUUGCUGGCUUUGCUCCCUAUGAGAAGCGUAUCACUGAGCUUCUUAAGGUUGGAAAGGACAAGCGUGCACUCAAGGUCGCCAAGAGGAAGCUUGGUACUCACAAGAGAGCGAAGAAGAAGCGAGAGGAGAUGUCAAGUGUCCUCAGGAAGAUGAGGUCUGGUGGUGGUGCUGCUGCCGACAAGAAGAAAUAGAUUUUGCAUGUUGGCGAACAUUAUUUAUAUCAAUGCUUUGCCUCGUAUUUUCAGAUUAUGCCAAGUUUGUAGCUUGUGGAAAUUGGAUACGAGUGUAGCGCUAUCUUUAAGUUUAUAUCAAUGCUUUGCCUCA